UUCUUCUUAAACUAGCUAGUUUCAAAGUAAAGAUAUCUUGAGCAACAUUCUUGUAUGCCCAACCGUAAUCACAUUCGAUUCCUUCAUUCACCGGUAACAAAGGUUAUUGGUGGUGCCUAAAGAUUCUAGGUGGCGUGUGUUGACUUAAAAUAAUGAAAAAGAAAGAGGUCAUCAUCAAAUAAUGAGAGAGUAGGCACAAGAUCAUUGUGAGAUUCCCAAGUGGGUGUGGAAUCCGCAACUAGGAAAAGGAAAGAAAAAAUGCUUUGCUUCCUCUACUUUGCCUCCGUUUUGCAACCACAUUUAAUUUUACAUGAGUGACGUUAUGCCUUUAUAUUGGUUAUUCCACACAAGUGUCCUAAAAGCCUAACUCAGUUCGUUACUUGGUUGGUUAUGCAGCUGUGAACGUGUUAUACUACUACUACUACUACUACUUCAGAUAAGGAUGCCAUAUGAUGAUGAUGAUGAUCCCUGCUUAUAUCCGAGAUUGAGAAUAUUAUUCUCCCAAUCUUCUUUUUGAUCAUCAAUUCAAAAUUUGACGGAACCCAAAUCUUCUUCACCGAUCAUCGACUUUUGCUACUAGUAUUAUUAUUAUUAUUCCAACAAUAGUACUAUAACAGAAUCUAAGUUGUACCACGUCUCCAAGGAAUCUUUAGUGGCACGUGCUUGAUCCGGGCUGAUGGAUAAAGUUGUAAAGGUAAAGGUUCGGUUCGAAACUGGAGGACUCACUCUCCUGGGUCUCUGCUUCACCCAAACCAACCAACCACCAUGGAUGAUGAUGAAUAUGCCAAGCUCAUCAGGAGAAUGAAUCCACCCAGAGUUGUAAUAGACAACAACGCCUGCGAUGAUGCCACCGUUAUUCAGGUUGAUAGUGUGAACAAACAUGGGACUCUGUUGGAAGUAGUGCAAGUGCUCACUGAUACGAAUCUUGUGAUCAAGAAAGCUUACAUCUCUUCCGAUGGAGGUUGGUUCAUGGACGUCUUCAAAGUGAUCGACCAAUUUGGCCAAAAGAUCAGAGACACACAAGUCCUUGACUAUAUCCAAAGGAGGAUAGAGAGCAACGCUGGGUGGUUUGUUCCACCUUUGAGAAGCUCGGUUGGUGUAAUGCCCUCUGAUGAAUACACAGCAAUUGAGCUCGCUGGAACGGACAGACCCGGUCUCUUGUCUGAAGUAUCUGCUGUUCUCACAGACCUUCACUGCAAUGUUGUGAACGCUGAGAUAUGGACUCACAACACCAGGGCCGCAGCGGUUAUUCAUGUCACGGACCAUUCAACUAAUUCUGCCAUUACUGACCUGAUUCGCCUCUCCACCAUUAAAGAGCUGCUGUGCAAUGUAGUCAGGACGAACAGCGGUUCAAGAGCUGCAAAAACGGUCUUCUCCUCUUCUGAUACCCACAGGGAGAGACGGUUGCAUCAGAUCAUGUUUGAUGACAGGGACUACGAGUACGAGGGAGUCAAAAGAGCAAGCCCAUCGGCGUCAAGGCCCAAUGUCACACUAAUGAACAUUGACAAGGAUUAUACCGUUGUCACCAUGAGGUCCAAAGAUAGACCAAAGCUUGUCUUUGACGUAGUCUGUACUUUGACUGAUAUGCAGUAUGUGGUGUUCCAUGGCAUGGUCAGCACAGAACCGGUGGAGGCUUAUCAGGAAUUUUACAUCCGUCAUGUAGAUGGACUUCCCAUAAACUCAGAAGCUGAGCAAGAACGUGUCAUACAAUGUCUGGAAGCAGCCAUUGAGAGGAGAGCAUCCGAGGGUUUAGAGCUGGAGUUAUUAGCAGAAGACCGAGUUGGUCUCCUCUCAGACAUAACCAGAACAUUCCGAGAGAACAGCUUAACAAUUGUGAGAGCAGAGAUCUCGACACGAGAGGGUAAGGCGAAAGACACUUUCUACGUUACGGACGUGACAGGAAACCCAGUUGAAUCAAAAAUAGUGGAGUCAAUCAGAAAAGAGAUAGGAGUAAGCAAGCUGAAGGUGAAGAACAACGAGGAUUGCUCUGUUCUUGGUACGAGCAGGCCUUCGCAAGAAACAACAAUGGGGUAUUUGCUAAGUAACAUCUUCAAACCCAAGUCUCACACAUAAGAGUGUACGUACGUGUGAGAGAUCAUUAGACAGAGUAGAGCAUUCUUAUAAGCUGAUGUGAUGGCGAUCGAUAAUUGUAAAAUUUGGCAUCCUUGUAAACAAGUCGUCGUCCCUUUGUGUAAAUUUGUGUGAUCAUCAAAUAACAAGAACUGUCUUUGAUUCGA